AUGAAGGCCCUGGGGGUGUGGGAGCCCCUGGCCGUGAAGGAGCAGACCAUCAAGACCGCCGUGGAGAGCGCCACAAUGCUGCUGCGCAUCGACGACAUCGUCAGCGGGAUAGCCAAGAAGGGCGCGCCGGGCGGCGGCGGCGGCGGCGGCGCGCAGGUGGACGACGGCGGCGACGUGGACCCCGAGGCGAUGCUGCCAGAGUGA